UUUAUAAGUUUUAUGCAUGUAUGAUGAAAGUAUUUAUCAGUUAAACAGUGAAAAUUAGAGGAAAAUUUGUCAUGACAAUUUACAGUGUGCGCCCCUGAAUCUUCUGCUUGCUCCCCCUAAAAUUUGAAGUUAGGGGCCACUGUGCUCCUAGUCAAAAAUGUUAGCCCGGAACCCCUGUAAUGCUACUCUUCCUUAAAAACGUUUGGCUACUCUACCCACAUCUGGGUAUAAAAUGUUUAACCGUAUUUUUGCGUCGUAUUAUAUGGCACAACAUCAAUAAAUAAGUUUUUCACCCAUAAAGCACACCUAAUUAUUCAAGUUGUAAAGUGAGAUAGUGCCUCAGUGUACUGCAUUUGACAUUUGUUCUUUAUCUUUUACCAUUGUCAUGAUUGUUUUAUAAUACUGUAAUUGUGCCUUAUAGUUCGAUAAAUACGGUAAUUGAACUAGCUUAGAGCGCCAAUAAUCCAAUCACGAAAUGACUGCAGACAUCUAUCCAUAUUGCUUACUCUUAUUAGUGUUUCAAAUUGAGAUGGGGCCUACGUAGAUAUAAAUGCACAAUUAAGAUAUAGGCAAUGUGUUUGUUUUUAUGCAACUGGUUGAAGUAUGACGACUAUGCAUUACUACAUCUGCAUUAUACAAUAGAGUUAGUAGUAAGAUAACACUCAUAUUUUUUACAUAUACAGUAACAGGUCCAACCAGUAGCUAUCAGUAUAUAUGAAGGUGUUGAAAAGCAAGCAUUAGUUUCUGCCGUGUCCCCUCUCCCUUUAAGUGAAUUUAAUCUGUCUGACCUCACCAGGCCCAACUAUUAGUCUACUAAUAAUAGGCUCAAGCAGAGCACUGCUGUGUUGUUGCUGUGCAUGUGUGAGUCACUCUAUACUAACUGGAGCUGAAGCAACUCCCUGUUUGAGCUCCACUGUUUGAACCUAUGCCAUGUUUUCUCCAUUAGUAUUUUGUUAAAUGUCUGUAAAAGUAUUUUAAACGUUUUUUUUUUUUCUUGAUCUGGGCUCGUGUUAUCUUUUGAGAGCAGAGAAAACAGAGGUCCUCAGCGAUGACCUUUUACAGAUUGAGCGACGGAUGGAGUUGGUGCGUGUGGUGUCCCAUAACACACACAAGAAAAUGGUCUCAUGCCUGCAGGGACACAUUGGCGCAGAUGCAGAGAAAAGACAUUCUGUACCACGCCUCUAUACAGGAAAUGGUCAGAAAAAACUUCCUCUGACGGCAUUGUCCCAGGCUAUGGUAGAAGGUGGAAACCAGCUUGGCGAAGAAUCUUUAAUAGGGAAGAUGAUGGAGGUGUGUGGGGACGCAGAGAGUCGUCUGGCAUCUGAACUGAUGCAGCAUGAACUACAGAUAGAGAAAGACGUACUUGAUCCUCUCAGCCAACUUGCAGAGGUUGACAUACCCAACAUUCUGAAACAGAGGAAACAGUUGGCCAAAUUGGUCCUGGACUACGAUUCUGCUAGGGCAAGAUGGUUGCAGGCGACCAAGUCAAUAAUCUCAGGAACAAACACUCAAGCACUGACAGCCAAAGCUGAUCUUCUCAAGGAGGAGGUGGACGAGGCUAUGAACAAAGUGGAACUUUGCAAGGACCAACUUGCUGCAGACAUGUACAGUUUCUUCUCAAAAGAAGGAGAUUAUGCCUGCUAUUUCUUAACGCUUCUCGAAGCUCAAGCCGAAUAUCACCGAAAGUCACUCACUUUAUUGGAGAGUGUCUUGCCAAACAUCCAGGCCCAGCAAGAUUCAUGGAUUGAGAAGCCUGCCUUUGGCACUGCACUGGAUGAACACCUGAAAAGAAGUGGGAGGGAGAUCGCCCUGCCCAUAGAAGCAUGUGUCAUGAUGCUAUUAGAGACUGGCAUGAAGGAAGAGGGUUUAUUCAGAAUUGCAGCUGGGGCAUCCAAACUAAAGAAGCUAAAAGCGGCACUGGACUGUUCGACAUCACAAUUGGAAGAGUUCUACUCUGACCCUCAUGCCGUUGCCGGAGCACUGAAGUCAUACCUGAGGGAACUGCCUGAACCUUUAAUGACCCACCAGCUUUAUGAUGAAUGGACCCAAGCAUGCAGUUUACCAGAUCAAGACAAACGACUUCAGGCUUUGUGGAUUGUCUGUGAUAAGCUACCAAAGAACAACAAAACCAACCUGAGAUACCUGGUGAAGUUCCUUGCUAAACUGGCUCAGGAUAGUGAGGUAAACAAAAUGACUCCCAGUAACAUUGCCAUUGUCCUUGGACCAAAUCUGCUGUGGGCCAAGACUGAAGGGAGUUUGGCAGAAAUGGCUGCAGCUACAUCUGUGCAUGUUGUGGCCAUCAUAGAACCCAUCAUCCAGCAUGCAGACUGGUUCUUCCCUGAGGAUGUGGACUUUAAUGUGUCUGGCAUGUUUGCGAUGCCUGUCCCCUCAUCCAACCACAACAGUCAUCUGGAUUAUGACAGUGGCACCAUCGAGAGGAAGAGACCAGGCAGUUUGGUGGGGCCAGAGGCAGACACAAGCCGCAAAGACAAUAGCACCUCUAACAAGCACUCGGACCACACCGUCCGUAGAGGCAGUACCACCUUAGGUAGAAAGCAGCACACCUCACCUGCCUUCCAGCCCCCUUUACCCCCCGUGGAGGCUUCAGGGCAGGGACAAGGCACCGGGCAGGUCCCGCAGCCCUCGGUCGAUCCUCAGCCGCAAGCCCCACUGGGGGCAGCGGGGCCCGAGAGCCCCAAUAGCUUGGCGCAGGGUCUUGCCGCGCUCGCUGCCGCUCAGCAGCUUCUUGCGCAGAAUACAGAGGAGCUCAGCAACCCAAAGCUGCGUGACCCUGCAACGGCGCCAGCACCCCACAUCCAGCGGAACGGUUCUGGCGCAGGGAGCCAGACUGCCAGCCAGACGGGCGGCGGGACCAGUCCGCAUAUGAUGCGUAGAGUGCUCAAGAAACAGGCACCAGCUCCCCCCAAACCCCCGAACCCUCCACCCAGUCAGCCAUCACCCAACUCAUCCCAACCCCUAAGCCCCCCUCCGAGGCCCCUGUCCAGCCACUCCCCUACCUCUCCUGUGUCGCCCGCCUCUCAGCAUUACAACACUCCUCGGCGCCACUCCAGUAACCAGCCACCAAUCCAGGCCCCCAGCCACCCGCCCCCAGAGCCACCGACGCAAACGGGUUCUCCCGGUCAACACAGCGGUGAAUCGCACAGCGCAGACCCCUCGCCCCCGGACUCUCCCUCGCCGCCGGAUACCCCUCCGCCGCCCGUCGCCACCGGCCCAGACGGCUCUCAGUUGGCCCCUGCUUCACCGUCCCCCUACCAGACCGGCUCACUCCCCCGGCCGCGUCCCGUCCCUAAGCCCAGGAACAGGCCGAGCGUGCCCCCGCCCCCACAGCCCGCAAACGUGCCCGGAGACACCAAUGGGAUCUGUGCAAGCGCAUACAAGAUGAUGGAUCCAGCCAUGUCCUUCAAAGGGCUAAGUCGCGCUCUGGUGCCGGAGCUCAACGUGGAGCAGCAGUCAGAACCGCCGCUUCCCAAAGACUGCGAGCUGGAGAGUGAGAGCACUGUCCUAUAAGGGAAGAUGCUCACCUGGUUUGCUUGUUUUUGUUUUUUUUUCCGUUAUAAUUUUUUACACACACACUCCGGGCCUAUGUGUGUUGUUCUGCCGACAUUUCGGGGUCUUUUUCUCAAGCAUUCAAGCCAAAAUCCACCAUUUUCAGUCAUCCUUGCCAAACUAACAUCGCAGCUACUUGGCAAACAAGUGAAGGAAAGAUUGUCGACAGGAGACUUUGGGAUUUUGGCGUGGAUUUCGAAGCUUUUUAAAUGUUGGAAAUGGUAUUCUUUAGCAGGUGGAAUCAGAAACUUAAAAGCGAUGACUGCAGGUUUCCAGUCAUCUCCCAAUAUUCAAUUGACAUUAUUUUUCAUUAUCUUUCUCUCGCUUUUCUAUUUAUUUACCUACCAAGUUUAAACACACACAUUCCCUAUGGCUCGACACACUUGGUGGAGUCACUACAUGUAAAUAAAGCCUUAAUAUGAUAAAAGCAUUUAGAUUUACUGUAUGGAUAGGGGAUGGAAAGAUGUUUUAGCAUUUUAGCAUUAGCAUCAAUAACCAGUUUAGGAACUAUGUACAAGUAUGCAAUUUGUUCUUACUAGGCAACUACAUGUGGGUGUGUUGAUUUAUCUCACUCGUGUAGCCAAAUUGUGUCUUUGUACUCUGACCUUCAACUGGAGAUUAAGCAUAUUGACUAAAUGCUCAAGCAGCUUUCCAGGCAUAAAUCGCCCCUUUUUGUAUUACUACAGUAUUUUGGGUGUUUCAGGGAUGUCAUAGGAACGCGCGGCGUAGCAGGGCGGUCUUCUUAAAACCCUUUGUCGGGGCUUUCACGAGCGCAAGUAGCGGGGUCAGCCGCCCUCUCCGGGCCUCAACGCACUCAGUAUUUUUGCCUUUUUUCGAGUGUGAUGAAUGUAAGCGGAAGAAUUCUUUCUAAAAAAAAAAAUGCCUCUGUCAGAAGCUGAUGUUGCACAAGAGCACAGGCCAUGAAUCCACUUUAAAAAAAAUCCCCACCGAGCUGAGAACACCCAACAACCUCGGUAGUGACGUGCGGGACAAAUAUUUGAUCGAUGAGAUUCUUCUUUCUCUCUUGAGUAAUGCAGAGGUCCAGUUCCCAGAGACCGGCCACACAAAAUGGUACCAAUGGUGAAAGUCUUGGAUGCUGCAGUUGCCCUGGAAAUAUGUGACCCCCCCCUCACCCAAGACAAUCAGAUGCCCCUAUUUCUCUCUGCUCCUGUGACUCUUUGCCUUAUAUACCCCCCCCACCAUACACACACUCCCCUUCCCUGCACAUCAAGACCAACAAAUGCCAUUAAAUGAGAAGUGACGAUGCUGCGUUUUUAAGCUCUAUAGUUUUGUAUGUUUGUUGUAUAGUGAGCUGAUAUGUUGAAUAAGAUAUCUUAUAUGAAUGCUUGGUUAUACAUCCUUUCCAAAGAAAAUAAAGUGUAUGAAGAACUAUAUCUAACCGCCUGGGUAUAUGAUUUUGUGUGCAGGCAUUUGCAGUCUUUAUACUAGUGUCAGGAAUGAGCAGGCAGGCAGGUUGUAUGGACCCAAAUGCAGGGAAACAAAAAAUGCAGCGAGGCAGGUGGCAGUGAACUAAAAAAAAACCUUUUAAUGAUAACUAACAAAAUCACAAAGUACAAACAAAAGGGCUAUGGCUCAAAAGGCAAUGUUCAAACAAAACUUACUUAAGCAGAGGGACUGGUACACGAGGGCGUGGAACGGACUUGACUUUGGUGAAGACGGACAUAGACAUAGACAAUGACGCAACAAGGAGUGACAAGAAACUGGGUCAUUAUAUACGCAGACAAGGGGUAACGAGACGAGGAAACGCUGGGUAACACAGGUGGAUGCAGAUUGCAGGAUACACUGGGAAAACACACACACGUGAGAGCAAUGGGUAAUCACAGGGACAAGUCACACAAGGAGAAACCAAACACAAAACCUAACAA